CCGGGGUCAAGCAUGGUCCUGAAGCAAGUGAUCCUCCUUCUGAUGAGUUGUGCGAAGGUCGGUAGUAGCCUAAUGUCACAAUGCCUGUGUCAUUCGGCUCACUUCAUCUCACCACAUAGGUGUCGUAUCGUCUCACAUCGGGACAAUAAGAAAGGGGACUCAUGGAGGUGAGGUCCUUUGUCUGAAAGAAGUGAUCCCAGUUUGGCAGAGGGAGGAAGUCCAGACUCUGCUAGGAGUCAAGUUGCCCAUAUCACCUGUCCACUGGCUCACACCCUUGCCUGCUAUCUCUGAGCACAGCCAUUAUGCCUCGUGGUCAGAAGAGUAAGCUCCGUGCUCGUGAGAAACGCCGCCUUAACAGAGCCGAGACCCAAGGUCUUAAGAGUGCUCAGGCAACUACAGCAGAGGAAGAAGAGGCUACUCCUUCCUCCUCUCUUGUUCUUGGGGGUGCUUCCUCAAGCUCCCCUGCUGCUGGCACUUCCCAGGAGCCUCAAAAAGCCCCAGCCACCACCAAGGCUGCUGCACAUGCUUCACGGCGAAGAUCUAAGGCAGGUGCCAAGAGCCAGGUUGAGGAAAGUAAAAAUUCCUCUCUGGCCUCGACUUCCACUGGGAAAGCUCAAAACGAUCCUCUAACCAGUAAAGUGGGGAUGUUGGUACAGUUUCUGCUGUAUAAGUAUAAAUUGAAGGAGCCCAUUAAGAAGAUAGACAUGAUGAAGAUCGUCCACAAAAGGAACAGGGAGCAGUUCGCUGAGAUCCUCAGGAGAGCCACUGAGCGCAUGGAUCUGGUCUUUGGCCUCAAAUUAAAGGAAGUCAAGCCUGGCAGUAACCCCUACACCCUCACCAGCAACCUAGACCUCACCGACGAUGGCACUAUGGAUAAUCUCUGGGGCUUUCCGAAGAAUGGGCUUCUCAUGCCUCUCCUGGGUGUCAUCUUCUUGAAUGGCAACUGCACCUCUGAGGAGCAGAUCUGGGAAUUCCUGAAUAUUUUGGGCGUCUAUGAUGGAAGGAGGCACUUCAUCUUCGGGGAGCCCAGGAAGCUCAUCACCCAAGAUUUGGUGCAGGAAAAGUACCUGGAGUACCGCCAGGUGCCCGACAGCAAUCCUCCACGCUAUCAGUUCCUGUGGGGCCAGAGAGCCCAUGCUGAAACCAGCAAGAUGAAAGUCCUUGAGUUUUUGGCCAAGGUCCACAAUACCGUCCCCAGUGCCUUCCUGCCCCAUUAUGAAGAGGCUCUGCGAGAUGAGGAAGAGAGAGCCCGAGUCCAAGCCGCAGCCGGCGCAGCCUCUACUGCCAAAGCUAGUGCUCGUUCCUGGGCCGCAUCUGGCCGCUCUUCUCCUCCCUAGAGAGGGCUGAGUCAGAUUCUUCGCUUUGUCAUGGGAAGGCCUGUUAAGUAGUGUUUGUCAUGGGCGCAAAUAAUUUGUUGAUUACCUUUUUUUAAAUAUAUUCUUCAGGCACUGUUCCUUUCAAUAGAAAGUUUAUGUAGAUUCAGAAUAUAAGUUUUUGGAUGACACAGAUCACACAUUUAUUGCUGUUUAUCAGUUUUAGGUGUAAGAGUUUAUUUUUUUGAAAUAUAGAUCAGAAAUUGUUAAAUCACUUUUUGAUCCAGAGCAAGAUAAGAUGGCUUUAAGAUAGGAUAUCCUUGGAAAUGUGAAAGAAUUCCACACUAAAAUACUUAGGAUGAGAAGAUAGAUAGAUAGAUAGAUAGAUAGAUAGAUAGAUAGAUAGAUAGAUAGAUAACUAGAUACAUAGAAACCUAGAUUCGUAGAUAGAUGGUUAGGUACAUAGGUAUACAGAUACAUAGAUUACAUAGAUACGCAGAUAGGUACAUUGAUACAGUAACAAUUGGUUAAUUCUUUGUUUGCCUUACUCUAUUCUUUUUCUAAACUUAAAAGACGUAUACCUGCAUUUGUUUAUGUUUGUUAAGAAUGUUUGAUAAUAUAUGAUCAUAAUGAAUCAAACCUCUUUAUACAUGUCUCUUAUUUUACACAAACAUUGAGCAUCUGCUCUUGGGAAGUCUUCAUCCUUGUACUGGGGGUGUUUAGUCAAAGAAGACCCAGCCCCUGCCCCUGCGAUUAUAGAUUAUAGGAGCAGCUGUCACUAUGGAAGAAGGUGAGAUAGUAGUACUCCAUAAAGAGCAAGGGAAGGGGUACCUGCGUGCCUCAGUCAGUUAAGCAUUUGACUUCGGCUCAGGU